AUGUCAAAUACUACUAUUAGCAGUGAAAUAUUAGAUCUUCAGUUGGCUUCUCGAAUGAUCUUCUCUUAUGCGGUACUAGUUUUCAUCGCUUUUGGAACAGUUGGUAAUCUAUUGAAUAUCUUUGUAUUUAUUCGAAUAAAAGUAUUACGACAAAUGCCCAAUUCCGUUUUUCUAUUAACGUCUUUUAUCGCUAGUUUAGUGCAAAUAUGGACGACUCGUUUUUCUGCUGCAUUUCAUAAUCUCACAGGCGUUGAUCUAUUAAAGCAAUCGAGUUUUUAUUGUGAAAUCCGCUGGUUAUUCGGCCGUACGGGUGCAACCAUAUCAAUGGCAAGUAUUUGUUUGUCAAGUAUUAAUCGGUUUUUAAUGACGUCACAAAAUGUACGCUAUCGUCAAGUAGUUACUAUGCGAUGUGCUCGCAUGACAGUCAUCGUUAUGAUUCUAAUCUUUUUAAUUCCACUUAUUCCUGAUAUUGUUUAUUAUUCGGGACCAGGGUGCACACCAACUGGGUCACCUUAUUGGUAUAGACAGUAUACCAUGUAUUUUAAUCAGAUCUUUUCCAAUAUUGUACCUGGUCCUGUUCUUGCUAUAUUUGGUAUACUUACCUGGCGUAAUCUUCGUAGUGUGAGGGUUAUUCAACGUAACCGACUCGAAGAGCAAGUUAAUCGUAUGAUAUUGGCUGAACUUGUAAUGAUAUGUAUCACUGCAAUUCCAACUAUCAUUGGUGCUAUCUAUCCGUUAGUUACUGUGUCAAUAACAAAAUCUCAAUUACGAGUGGCACAAGAUAGUUUGUGGUUAAAUAUUUUAGCUAUUCCCGGCAUUACAACGUAUUGUGCAUCAUUUUAUGUAUUUUAUGCUGCAUCUUCUGCGUACAGAAAGAAUGUUCGAACAGCUCUCAGCUGUAAGAAACAUAACCGGAUUGAAACACAAGAUUAUACACAACAGCAAAAUGCAUUAAUUCCCAUGAAAACUAUUGCUCUGCGUGGAUGA